CGGUAGAGGACUGUGGAGAAGGAAAGUUUAUAACCGGCGGCGCCAGGAUGGACUUCCCUGCUGCCCAGCCGAAACCUGCCGCCGAUGGUAAAAUCAUCUACUAUCCUCCCGGGGUGAAGGAGAUUACGGACAAGAUUACCAACGAUGAGGUGGUUAAACGGUUAAAGAUGGUGGUAAAAACCUUCAUGGAUAUGGACCAGGACUCGGAGGAUGAGAAGCAGCAGUAUCUCCCAUUAGCCUUGCACCUUGCGUCUGAAUUCUUCCUCAGGAAUCCCAAUAAAGAUGUGCGCCUCCUUGUAGCAUGUUGCUUGGCUGAUAUCUUUCGUAUCUAUGCUCCUGAAGCUCCAUAUACUUCCCAUGACAAACUUAAGGACAUAUUCUUGUUUAUUACAAGACAAUUAAAAGGCUUGGAGGACACGAAGAGCCCUCAAUUUAACAGAUACUUUUACUUGUUAGAGAAUUUAGCUUGGGUUAAAUCUUACAACAUCUGCUUUGAGUUGGAAGAUUGCAAUGAAAUUUUUAUUCAGCUUUUUAGGACUCUUUUUUCAGUUAUCAAUAAUAGCCACAACCAGAAGGUACAAAUGCAUAUGCUGGAUUUGAUGAGUUCUAUCAUCAUGGAAGGCGAUGGAGUAACUCAGGAGCUGCUGGACUCCAUUUUGAUUAACCUCAUUCCUGCACACAAGAACCUUAAUAAACAAGCAUUUGAUCUUGCAAAAGUCCUGUUGAAGAGGACCGUCCAGACCAUUGAGCCGUGUAUUGCCAAUUUUUUUAACCAGGUUCUGGUACUGGGGAAGUCUUCAGUAAGUGACUUAUCAGAACACGUGUUUGACUUGAUACAAGAGCUUUUUGCCAUAGAUCCUCACUUACUGCUGUCUGUCAUGCCACAGCUUGAAUUCAAGCUGAAGAGCAAUGAUGGAGAAGAACGUUUGGCUGUUGUUCGACUUCUGGCUAAACUCUUUGGCUCCAAAGAUUCUGAUCUGGCCACACAAAACCGUCCUCUUUGGCAGUGCUUUCUUGGGCGGUUCAAUGAUAUCCAUGUCCCUGUGAGACUAGAGAGUGUGAAAUUCGCCAGUCAUUGUUUAAUGAACCAUCCAGACUUAGCAAAAGACCUAACUGAAUAUUUGAAGGUCAGAUCACAUGACCCCGAAGAAGCCAUUCGACAUGAUGUUAUUGUUACAAUUAUUACUGCGGGCAAGAGAGAUCUUUCUUUAGUCAAUGACCAGCUGCUUGGCUUUGUGAGGGAAAGAACACUAGACAAACGGUGGCGAGUAAGAAAGGAAGCUAUGAUGGGUCUUGCCCAGCUAUACAAGAAGUAUUGUCUUCAUGCAGAGGCUGGAAAAGAUGCUGCAGAGAAAGUGAGCUGGAUAAAGGAUAAACUUUUGCACAUAUAUUAUCAAAAUAGCAUUGAUGACAAAUUACUGGUAGAGAAAAUCUUUAUACUUGCUUUCUCAGGCUUUUCCACCAUCUACAUAAUCGUACUCCAUGUUCUCGUGAUGAACAAAUUGGUAAGCUUUUCUUUUCUGGUUUUGCACUUUUGCAGAGCACUGAAUGAGAUGUGGAAGUGCCAGAACAUGCUGAGGAGUCACGUACGAGAAUUACUAGACUUGCAUAAGCAGCCCACUUCAGAAGCAAACAGUGCUGCAAUGUUUGGAAAGCUGAUGACCAUAGCAAAAAACCUUCCAGAUCCUGGAAAAGCACAAGAUUUUGUGAAGAAAUUCAAUCAGGUUCUGGGUGACGAUGAGAAACUUCGGUCCCAGCUUGAACUGUUAAUUAGCCCUACAUGUUCUUGUAAACAGGCAGAUAUCUGUGUGAGAGAGAUAGCCCGGAAACUUGCAAAUCCUAAGCAGCCAACAAAUCCUUUUCUGGAAAUGGUCAAAUUUCUUUUGGAAAGAAUUGCUCCUGUACAUAUUGACUCAGAAGCCAUUAGUGCACUAGUAAAACUAAUGAAUAAAUCCAUAGAGGGGACAGCUGAUGAUGAAGAGGAGGGUGUAAGUCCUGAUACUGCUAUUCGUGCAGGACUUGAACUUCUCAAGGUUCUGUCCUUUACACAUCCUACCUCGUUCCACUCUGCAGAGACCUAUGAGUCUCUGCUGCAGUGCCUCAGGAUGGAAGAUGAUAAGGUAGCUGAGGCAGCAAUGCAGAUUUUCAGAAACACGGGUCACAAAAUAGAAACAGACCUGCCACAGAUAAGAUCAACACUAAUUCCGAUUUUGCAUCAGAAAGCAAAAAGAGGCACUCCUCAUCAGGCAAAACAAGCUGUUCACUGUAUACAUGCCAUAUUUUCAAAUAAAGAAGUGCAGCUUGCACAGAUUUUUGAGCCUCUUAGUAGAAGUUUGAAUGCUGAUGUACCAGAACAACUUAUAACUCCAUUAGUCUCAUUGGGUCAUAUUUCUAUGUUGGCUCCAGACCAGUUUGCUUCUCCAAUGAAAUCUGUUGUUGCAAAUUUCAUAGUGAAAGAUCUCCUAAUGAAUGACAGGUCAACAGGUGAGAAAAAUGGAAAAUUAUGGUCUCCAGAUGAAGAAGUUUCUCCAGAAGUAUUAGCAAAGGUGCAAGCAAUUAAACUUUUGGUACGCUGGCUGUUGGGUAUGAAAAACAACCAGUCGAAAUCCGCAAAUUCCACACUCCGGUUAUUAUCAGCUAUGCUCGUCAGUGAAGGAGACUUGACAGAACAGAAGCGAAUCAGUAAAUCAGAUAUGUCUCGACUGCGAUUAGCUGCUGGUAGUGCAAUAAUGAAGCUUGCACAGGAACCCUGUUACCAUGAAAUAAUUACCCCAGAACAGUUCCAGCUCUGUGCACUUGUCAUUAAUGAUGAGUGUUACCAAGUGAGGCAGAUAUUUGCCCAGAAACUGCAUAAGGCACUUGUGAAAUUACUGCUCCCUUUGGAAUAUAUGGCAAUCUUUGCUUUGUGUGCCAAAGACCCUGUGAAGGAGAGACGAGCACAUGCCAGACAGUGCUUGCUCAAAAACAUCAGUAUACGAAGAGAAUAUAUUAAGCAGAAUCCUAUGGCUAACGAAAAAUUGCUGUCAUUGUUGCCUGAAUAUGUGGUACCGUAUAUGAUUCACUUACUGGCACAUGAUCCAGACUUCACAAAACCUCAGGACGUUGAUCAGCUUCGUGAUGUCAAAGAGUGCCUGUGGUUCAUGCUUGAAGUUUUAAUGACAAAGAAUGAGAACAACAGCCAUGCCUUCAUGAAAAAGAUGGCAGAAAACAUCAAGCUUACCCGAGAUGCUCAGUCUCCUGAUGAGCCAAAGGCAAAUGAAAAACUUUAUACAGUAUGUGAUGUAGCCCUAUGUGUAAUCAACAGCAAAAGUGCUUUGUGCAAUGCAGAUUCACCAAAGGACCCUGUAUUGCCAACCAAAUUUUUUACACAACCUGAAAAGGAUUUCUGCAACAACAGGAAUUACAUUUCAGAAGAGACAAGGGUGAUUCUUUUGACAGGAAAGCCAAAACCAACUGGUGUAUUAGGUACAGUAAACAAACCAUUAUCUGCAACUGAAAGGAGACCGUAUAUUAGAACUACAGGAUCUGAGGCUGGAAGCAAUAUCAGUGUAAACUCUGAGCUGAGCUCUUCUGCAGGAAACAGAUCAAGGGAACAAAGUUCGGAUAUAUCGGAAACUGGGGUCAGUGAAAAUGAUGAAAAUCCAGUGAGGAUUAUUUCAGUCACACCAGCAAAGACAGAACCUGUGAAAAACAAGGAGAUUAAUUCUGAUCAGGCUACACAGGGAAACAGCACUGAACGUGGGAAAAAAAGAACAGCAACAGCAUCUGGUGCUGAGAAUAUUCAUCAAAAAACAGAAGAAAAAAAUGUAGAUGAAACAGGACCAUCACUCGCGGCAAAAACCAGGAGAGGGCGUCCAUCCAAACCUGAACCUCAGGGUACCACUGCAAAAAAUGAGGAAACAAAUAAACCCCCUGUCAGGGGAAGGAAAAGGGCAGCAGUCAGUCAAGAAAGUCCAGGGAGUUUAGAGGCAGGUAAUGCCAAAGCACCAAAACAGCAAGACACAGCAAAAAAGCCAGCAGCAGCACAGAGACAAAUUGAUCUACAAAGGUAA